AUGAAUUCGUCGCGUGCAUUCACCAGGGCUACCCAGAACACAUUCCGCAAGCCCCUCGAUUUUCUCAGCAAUCUUUCGCGCGGCCCCAUCCAGCUUCCCAGGGCCAAAAAGAGAAAGGACAGCAACGCACACCAACGCUACAACAGCAUCAGCUCCAUAGACGACACCGACCAUUCCGACGUCGAAUUUUACGCCCAAAUGGAGUCCUCGAGGCGGAGCCACUCUGCGCACAACUCGCAGUCGGAGCUGCAGCCGCCCGUGCCCCUCAUAGACGUAGGCAGCCGCAGCAACAGCCCAUAUCCGCGCAAUCGCAGCGCCGCACAGAGCGAAGACGAGGAAGACGACGACUUCGAGCCCGCGAGCAGCAUACGGCCGCUAGUCAGCAGCGACGUCGGGAGUGGAGGCCAUGCUUUUCGUGGCUUCUGGCAGCAGGGUGGCCCGGGGGCCUUCUUUUUUGGCACGUGGAAGGGCUGGCAGAUCUGGGUUGGACUGCUGGUCUUCUGGGUCGGCGGGUGCAGCUUUGGCCUGCUCCUCAUGAACUGCUUCAUCAUGCUCACGGGCGUCUACAAAUUCCCCUUUCCCCUGACCCAAUCCUACGCACAACUCAUCAUCACUCACCUUCUCCUCAUCCUCGUCUCAAGCCUAUUGCGCUUCUCCAGCAAUCCCCUGCGCUUCAUUGGCUUUGGCGCUGCUGUACCGCCAUCACAGCCGGCCGCUCCGCAAGGAGGAGCAUAUCGAGGGGGCAGAAAACCCGGCAUCUCCGCCUUUGCUCGCUGGCUCUCAAAUGGCUCGGGAGGCAUUGCAGGUGGCGGGCUGUUUGAGUUUGAUCUCCAAAUCGCCAAGCAGGUGCUGCCCCUCGCGGUGGUCUUUGUGGCCAGGGUGCUUCUCAGUAACUACUCAUUCGCAUAUGCACCACUUCCUACCUACCAGCUUGCUCGCAUCGGUAUAACUCCACUUGCAAUUAUCUUCGCUUGUGUUCUGCAGAAAGAAAACAUUACCGGCAGUGCCCUCUCUUCCGCCCUCAUUGCGACCCUCAACCUCUUCUUCGCCUCUUACCGCCCCGAUGUCCGUGUGACUUGGGAGUCGGUCGUCGCCGGCGUCUUCUCUUCUGGCUUCGUUGCCCUCUACCCCAUCCUCCUUCUCCGCACGUACCGCACCAUGGUUGCAAAUCUUGUGCCUUCGGGCGAUGUGCUUACAGGAUACCCCACCGGCUCGGAAGAGUCGGGUAACCGAGAAGAAACCCGCGCAUUUUAUCGCACACUGCACUACACUUCGCUUGUCUCUCUCAUGAUACUUACACCGAUUGUCAUUAUUUCUGGCGAGGUACCACACAUAUGGUACAAUAUCCCGUUCCUCGAUGUUCCGUUUUUCUGGGCCAUGAUGCUGUUUGGAGGCAUGGGCUCGUGGGCUGUCUUCUCAAGUACACUACUGCUAGUUAAGGCGACAUCUCCUCUCACGGCAACCUUUGUAGCCGUCCCCAGGAGUGCCUUCCAGCUCGUGGCCAUUUCCCUCUUCAAGGCCCCUGCACAGACUUGGUUGGGAGUAGUACUUUGCUGGAUCAGCAGCUUGUGGUUUCUCGUCACGAGGCGAGACGAAGGCCGGAGUAGGGACAGACUAGGGUAA